AUGGCAACUUAUCAACCAUAUAACGAAUAUUCAUCAGUAACGGGAGGUGGUUUUGAGAACUCCGAGUCCCGCCCAGGUAGUGGAGAGUCUGAAACUAACGCUAGAGUUAACACAUUGACGCCUGUAACGAUCAAACAAAUUCUAGAGUCCAAACAAGAUAUUCAAGACGGCCCCUUUGUUUCGCAUAACCAGGAACUUCAUCACGUUUGCUUUGUAGGUGUGGUGAGAAACAUUACUGAUCAUACUGCGAAUAUUUUUUUAACUAUUGAGGAUGGGACUGGUCAAAUAGAAGUGAGAAAAUGGAGCGAAGAUGCUAACGAUUUGGCUGCUGGUAACGACGACUCUUCUGGUAAAGGUUAUGGUUCGCAAGUCGCUCAACAAUUUGAAAUUGGUGGUUACGUGAAAGUUUUCGGUGCUUUAAAAGAGUUUGGUGGUAAGAAAAAUAUACAGUAUGCCGUGAUUAAGCCCAUAGAUUCAUUUAAUGAAGUGUUGACGCACCACUUAGAAGUCAUUAAGUGUCAUUCCAUAGCCAGUGGAAUGAUGAAACAACCUUUGGACAGUGCAUCCAACAACAAUGGACAAUCAUUAUUUGUCAAGGACGAUAAUGAUACAUCUUCUGGCUCUAGUCCGUUACAAAGAAUUCUAGAAUUUUGCAAGAAGCAAUGUGAUGGUAAAGACGCGAAUUCAUUCGCUGUUCCAAUUCCAUUGAUCUCGCAAUCCUUGAAUUUGGAUGAAACUACUGUCAGAAACUGUUGUACGACCUUGACUGAUCAAGGUUUCAUCUACCCAACGUUUGAUGACAAUAACUUUUUCGCCUUAUGA